AUGGCCACAGCGAACACGAAGAAGAGAACCACCCAAGGCCGGCAGAAAAUCGAGAUCAAGAAGAUCGAAAGCUUGAGCAACCGGCAGGUCACCUUCUCCAAGCGACGUGUGGGUCUCUUCAACAAAGCCAGCGAGCUGUGUGUCCUGACUGGCGCACAGGUCGCCGUUAUCGUCAAAUCCCCCGGCAAGCGCAUCUUCGCCUUUGGCCACCCAUCUGUCGAUACCGUCCUUGAUCGCUACCUCAACGGAGGCGCCGCCGCAGCAGCAGGCGGCAACCUCCCUCCCCUGAAUGCGACUGUCUUCAACAGGCGCUACGAUGAAGUUGUGAGUGAGCUGGACAGAGAGAAGAAGAGAAGGGGAACAAUAGAAGAGUCCAACAGCAGGGAAAAGAAUAAUGGUGGGUUUUGGUGGGAUCGGCCGGUGGGUGAGAUAGAGUGGCCGGAGCUGGAGCAGUAUAUGUCGGCGUUGGAAGAGCUGAAGAAGAAAGUGGCCAUGAGAGCCGAUGAGAUGAUGCUGAUCAAAGGUGCUGCUUCUUUGCCUAAGUCGAUGUUUGCCAUGAAUCCUCCUAUGGCAAGUCCUCCUCCUCCUCCGCCUCCUCCUCAUGACAAUUUCUUCAACCAAGCAAUUACUCACGAGGCUGCUAAUCAUGAUUCGAAGUUGGGGUUUGACGACAAACUGUUUUGUGAUUAUUGCUGA